UUCCUCAUUGCCACUCACACACACACACAAACACACACGCAUACACACUUACAGCGCAGUCGCGGCUUUGGCUUCAUCACAUUCCAAGAGCCCUGCACAGUGGACAAGGUGCUCAAGGUGCCCAUACACACACUGGAUGGCAAAAAGAUUGACCCCAAGCAUGCUACGCCGAAAAACAGACCACGCCAAGCCAAUAAAACCAAAAAGAUAUUCGUCGGCGGCGUCUCCCAGGACACCUCAGCCGAAGAGGUAAAAGCCUACUUCAGCCAAUUCGGCGCCGUCGAGGAAACAGUUAUGCUAAUGGAUCAGCAAACCAAACGCCAUCGCGGCUUCGGCUUUGUCACCUUUGAGAACGAGGACGUGGUAGAUCGCGUCUGCGAAAUACACUUCCACACCAUUAAGAACAAGAAGGUUGAGUGCAAGAAAGCCCAACCAAAGGAAGCAGUCACCCCGGCCGCUCAGCUGCUGCAAAAGCGCAUCAUGCUGGGCACACUGGGCGUUCAGUUGCCCACUGCACCUGGUCAGCUCAUUGGAGCACGCAGCGCAGGCGUUGCCGCCAUGAAUCCCCUGGCCAUGCUGCAGACCCCCACACAACUGCUCCAGUCGCCAGCUGCCGCUGCAGCCGCCCAGCAAGCGGCGCUCAUAUCACAGAAUCCGUUUCAAGUACAAAACGCUGCCGCUGCUGCCAGCAUGGCCGCCAACCAGAGCAACUUUAGCAAACUGCUAGCCACAUAUCCACAGUCAGCGCUGCACAGCGUUCGCUAUUCACCCUACACCAUACCCGCCAGCGCCGCCACUGCCAAUGCCGCCGCAUUGAUGCAGGCCCAUCAGGCGCAAAAUGCCGCCGUCGCAGCUCAUCAGCAACAACAGCAGCAGCAGCAGCAACAGCAGUCGCAUGCCGUCGCUGCUGCCGCUGCCGGACUGCAGCAGCAUUCACAUCAACAGCAACAACAACAUCAUAAUGCCGCCGCCGCCGCCGCUGCUGUGGCCGCCGCUGCCUCUAAUCCAGCCUCGCAGGCUCACUCGGCAGCUGCAGCUGCCGCAUUAGCUGCCAAUGCAGCGAACGGGGGAGGAGCCAAUCCUCACUCACUGGCUGCUGCCCAACAAGCUGCCCUAGUGGCUGGCAAUCCCUUGAAUGCAGCCGCUGCUGCCGCCGCCGCCGCUGCAGCUGCUGGCAACCCAGCUGCCGGUUACCCCAACUAUGCGCUGGCCAAUGUAGACAUGUCAAGCUUCCAGGGCGUCGACUGGAGCACCAUGUACGGCAUGGGCAUGUAUGUCUAAGUGUCUACACUUUUCUCAGUCCCCCUUUUUAAUGGUCGUGGUAAUUUGCAAACAAGAACACUCAGUCCCACACAACGAUUCAACAAAUGUUGAUUUUCCUUUUGGGUUAACUUAUUUUUAAGUACCUCAUACAUACAUACAAACACACACACACACACGAACAUCCGCUCAUGAAAGCAUAUUAAGUAUUAUAUUUAAGGCCCCCACCACUCGCGUCUACCCCAUGCCCCUCUCGCACGCAAAUUCGAAUUAUAUUCGAUGCAUUAUAAUAUUGAUAACAAAACUCGAUAAGCAAUAUAAGAAACAACAUCAACUAAAACUUGAGCAGCCAACGAGGCAGAGCUGCCACAAAAGCAGAGCAAAAACACAAAAAGAGGAAAAGAAUAAACAAAAAAAAAAUUUAAGCAAAAAUUAAACCAAAAAGCAAAGAAAACAUUAAGAAAAACAAAACUAAAAAAUUAAAAAAAAAACCACCGAUUGUGAUUGCGUUUAAUUGUAGCAGUUUAUAUAAUUUUUAGUGCAUAAAACAUGCA